UGUUUAUAACCAAUAGACAUAAGGAAAUAUACACGUACAACGUAAAUAGAAUCAACGGGAAUAAUUAGUAUUAACUUUAAUGAUAAUAUUUUCAGUAGAUUUUGACAUAGGUGGUUAAUAUCUGCUCGAUUUGGACCAAUUUAUCGACACAACUGUCAACGUCAUCUUAUGAAUGCUAACCUGCAAUGUGGGUCUAUGUGCUGAUUUUGCAGUGUACGUUUUGUAAAUAAUCACGAUUAAGCUAAAUUGCUGAACACGAGCCCUCAACAAACAACAGAUGCCGCCAUCUCCAUGUAUCUUCUAGUCACGGCAAGCUGAUGUCAAGUAACCGUAGUGCCUGAGCAUGAGCAAUAGCCUGUUUUCGCAAGUAUACAUAAAUCAUGGGUAUAUUAGCACGAGACUGCAAAAUAUCGCAAUAGAGGCUAUUUCCACUAGUAAUUAAUACAGUCAUGGGUAUCUAUUGCCCGCAAUGCCGCGCGGCGAUCACGGCGGCGCGGCGGCCGACGAGCAUCGAGCGGCUGCCCGACGAGGUGCUGCUGCUGAUCCUGGAGCGGCUGCCGGCGCGCGAGCUGGUGGCCGGCGCCGCGCGCGUCAACCGGCGCUGGGCCGCGCUCGUGCGCCGCCGAGCCGCCUCCAUACACUGCCGGCUACAACUCCCGCGCUUACCCAACACCCUCCGGUCGUUAAUAGUCACCUCCGGUUUACAAUGCUCCAUACCUUCGCUACUCACAGCUACGAUGCGCAUGAAGCAUCUGCGCGAACUCUCUUGCCACUCGGGCGUGCGAUUCUCCAACGAGGAAAUAGCUUUGUUGGGUGCGUUACCCAAUUUAAAGCAUUUAGAUGUGUUCACGGCGUGCGCGGCGCGGGACGUCUCAGAUUCAGCCGUGGCGGAUCGUCUGCAGUCGUUAGUUGUAAAUAGUUACACUGCCCGUUUUCCUGGUGCCGAACGCUGCCAGCUGCGAGGUCUUCACAUGUUCGGGGAGGCGCUGUUCACGCCAACAUCAAGAUUACUAGCGCUGUUACGCGCCAGGAAAGAGCACCUGACUGAUUUGACUCUCCGAUGCGCGGACUUACGCGCGCACAUGUAUGAAGCCAUCGGCGAUUGCGCGAACAUGGUGAAUCUCCAAUUAUAUAGCUGUUGGUUGAUGUCCGCGGAGGACGCGAUACGUGCGACUAGGCCUCAAGGCCUGAGACGCUUACACAUAACGGGCGCGGUGAUGGUGCGACGGACUUACCUUGACGAAGUAAUCGCGCGGUUGCCAAAAGGGAUAGAAGAGCUCGCAUUGAGUGGCUCAGCUCUCGGCGAUGAACACAUUUCUGCCUUAGCCGCUCGACUGCCGCAUCUGAAGGUGUUGGAAGCGUGGCGUUGCCGCAUCACACCCGAAGGCGUUUUAAAACUAGCCGCCUCUAUGCCGAAGCUAGAAGUCUUAGAUCUCGAUCUGCCGCUGCGUUCGGCUUAUGUGGGUGCGUUACGCAGGCACGCAACGCUAGAGUUUAUUCGGUGUUUAUCGGAGCGUCCGCCGGCGGAGCGCGACUUUACUCGCCCGUACUGUUUACGACGACGGCCCGUUCAGCGCGCGCAGCCUUGCAACUGUGCCUCCAACGUGACUAAAGAGGUCGUAGAGCCGCCCGUAGGUCUGCAAGGGCCACAGAGGAAGGUGCGGGUCGAGUGCGCCGCGGCGCGAUUCGCAGAGGACUCGUUUCGGCGACGCGGUGAAGGUUUUAGAGCUAAGAUUUUUACCAUUGGACGUCGGUGCGGCUGCUGCGGCCGCUGCAGGACCCGCAGCUGGACCCGCCGUGGGCCACGGCGUACUGCGACGGCAGCUAGCCGGCGCGGCGCGGCGGCGGCGGGCUGCUGGCCACGUUCCGCCGCGAGCUGCAGCGCUGGCGCCGGCGGCCGCGCCCCGACGACUAGCGCCAGCCCCAGACGAUAGCACUAGCGUCUCCCGAGCGUCGUCUAGUCAACUCUGUGGCUGCUGCUCGACGCAAUGUUGGUGCAACUGCGCGGCGACACUGUUUUCCAUAGCGCUGACUAGACACCGACAUCCAUAUUUGAUUUCUGAGUAAAUUGUGUACCGGUGUCCGACUCCCACCGAAAUGAUUACAGUACGAUUGAGCUGUCUUCAUCGACAUUGUUUACAAAUAUGCCUUUACUCAGAUCUAAAUUCCUUGCAAUAUUUCUUGCAUACCGAUAAGAGGCUCAAAGCUGUAUUAAUAAAUGUAUAAUAUGAUCGAUCUAAAUGUGCCUGAACCUAACUCAUUGAGCACUGGGGUCAACCGAGCGCAAGGAUCAAAAAUGUUUUUAAAUAGGAAGCCUCGAGAGGACUGGAAAAACUAUUAUAGUGGUUGUGUGUUGUGUGACUAGUGACGACUGACGAUCUUAAAUUAUUUAUUAAAAGGUUUUAGCAUAAUAUUAUUUACAAGUUGUGUAUUAAAUUGUAACUUUAUACGGCCAACGCCAUAAAUAUUGCAGCGCAUAAAAUGGUAGUAGUAAAGCUUAUGCCUAAGGUCUUGUAUAUUCUGGUGUAAGUACUCGUAAUUGAAUGAGUUCUCUCGAUUUUUAGUUACCUUUUAUUGGUAUAUUUGUAAUAUGUUUAGACAGAGUUAAAAUAGUCUAGAGUUGAAAAUAAAAUAAUAGUUUAAAAAACACUAGAAAAACACGCUUUUAUAAAUGUGAAACCUGAUCGUGUUCAAUGUCCAUUACGUGACCUUUCUCACAAGUGCAAACACGACUAUGAUACGAUAUUCCAUCAUGGAAUGCCAGUGCCUAUCUUCCGGCUUCAUCAUCAGACCUUGAAACCUAAUCGCGGUCAAAGUUCAUUACAAGACUUUUCUAACAAAUCCAAACACAGCUAUGAUACGAAGUUCCAGUUCAUAUCUUCCGGCUCCAUCAUUAGAUCAGUUCGACAGUACCAUAUUAUUGUAUUGUCAUCAGAACUACAUACAGCUGUCAAUUUUCAUGACGCUACGAUCCUUGGAAGAUGGUUAAAUUAGUUACCUUAGAUUCCAUUACAUAGUUACAUUACAGGUCGAACUAAUAAAAAGCGUGUUAAAAAUAUGCUGUGAAAAAGAAAUGAUUCUGAAUAAGUUUUGCAGCAUGGUUUUUCCUUUAGCAUUCGAUUAGGGCGCUUACCUAACGCUACUUUUGUUCUAAAAAUACAAGAAAGCCGAUUUUUGGAUCAAAAUAAUAAUAUUCCUAAGUACUGCAAACAUCAGAGCAAUAGUCGGUUUCCUAAUUGGACAAAAGUAUUAACGGAUGACGUCAGGCAAGAAAAAGUCUGAUGGUAUCCAUAUUUAUUGCAAUUUUUAAUUUAUUAUAUAUUUGUAUACUUAGCCUGUAAUAUAAAUAUCUACUGGACCGCAGAAUAACAAACAAUCUGUGUCUCUGAUCUCAAGACUACGCAUGUUUCAUACACUACAAGGGUCAUGAAUUUUAUGCAUUUUUGUGAUUUUUAUUACUUAACUUAUUUUCUUAUUUAUCUAUUUUAAUUUAUUUUUGGCUUAGUCUUUUUUUCCGCCGCUUAUUUUAAGGGUGGAAGUCUACAUCUUUUAUUUGUUAAUUUAAUUAUGUGAAACCUUUGUGUUAAAUAAAAGCAUUGUUAGCAAGGAGUUGUUAAUAGAGGCGACAUCUAGGUACGCCAGCUGUCAAAUUCGGAGCAUGAUUUUUUUAAACCUAAAGCUGCAUUUCCACUGAGGGAGAGAUAAUACAGCGGAACAGACAAGAGAUGUGGAUUACAACUACAACCAUUUAUAUUGUUAGAUUCCUGCACCUCUCUCAUCUUCGCACAUCUCCGCCUCAGUGGAGAGGCAGAGGAGAGGUGUAAACCUCUCCUACAAUCAAAAACACUUGUAACUUACAAUGCUUGUGUUUAACACAUUUUGUUGUGAAAUGUUUUUAUCCUGUAUAUUCGCAAUGCUUCCGUACAUUAAUGCCAAGUGUAUGCACAUCACAAUAGCAUAGGUUUCGGAAGGGUCAAUGAUAAUUACCGAUUUGAUAAUAUUCUUAAUAUUACAGAUAAAUCUUUGUUAAUUAUUUUAUCCUUUAGAUAUCUCAAAAGUAAAUAAAGUGUUCUGAUAAUUAUCCGGUAAUUAUAUUGAUAAUAGCGGACCCCGAUAAUAUUCUUAACAAAUGUACUGGGCGUUGAUUUAAGUGAAUAGAAAAAUAUACCAACACCUGUGCGUGAUACUCUGUUUUAAUUUAGAUUAGUUCAAUUCAAAUGUAGUAUUUAAUAAGAAGUUCCUUAGUGAAAAUGUCAGAAGAUAACGAAGAUAUUAAUAAUAUUCAAAUAUUACUAAGACAUAGUGGAUGACCACUUCUUCCUACAAAUGUAGGCUCCAUUUUUUCUGUAUAUUGACAUUAUAAAAUAUGUUUUCACAUAAGUAAUUUAAUGUACAUUAACUAUAGCUAAGUCCCUUUCGUUUGAUUUUUUAAUUACUAUUAAAGUUACAAGGGUCUACGGUAUGAGGUUUUUCAAAAAAGGUGUGUACAGGUUUUUAAAGGGUCGGCAACCCGCCUGUAACAACUCUGGAGUUGCAGGCGUCCAUAGGCUGCGGUGACUGCUUACCAUCAGGCGGGCCGUUUGAUUGUUUGCCACCGACGUGGUAUUAAAAAAAAAGGUAAGAAGCUUAUAAAAAUUUGUAUGGCAUUUCAUUAUUUUCUUUUUCUCUUUAAUUAAUAACCAAUAAAUCUAAGAAAUCAAAUGAAGGGGCAUAGUUAUGGUUAAUAUACAUACAUCAAAUAGUAUAAACAUAUUUUCCAUAUCGUCAAUAUCCAGAGAGGAAAAUGGGGACUUUUAUAUGGAGAAGCAGUUUUCCCCUUCUUAAUGGAUUAUUUGACGUUAUUAUUAAAAGUGAUUUGCAGUAGCACUAAUGCACAUAGCGCCUAUAGAAACCACAAAUGGUAGGAAUUACCAAAGAGAAUUAGAAAUAGAGGUGUAUUGUCAAAUAAAACUUUGUAGCCACGUAAAUUUACUGCCAUCUUCCGAAAUAUGAUUAUAACUUUUCGAACGCCAAUUGACAUUGAUCCUUAUUCUUUCACUGAUAUAUGUACAAUUUGUUAAUUAUCAAAAAGUGGCGCCAUCUUACUGGGCACAACCUAAAGGUUAUGGCGCCAUCGCUCGAAACAAUGUCGCUAUACCUUUGGCUUUUGAUCUAUUAGCUGGCGCCACUUUAUAUAACAAAUUUAACACUUAUAAGCAUCAAAGUCAAUUGGCGUUCUAAACUCUGUCUCGCCAACACCGCAUAAGCAGUUUGGCGAGUAACUUUAAAAUUAAUUAUGUAUAGCCUUUGAAAAAGUUGUAAUCAUGUUUCGAAAGAUGAUAGUAAAUUUACUGUAGCUACAAAGUUUUCUUUGACAAUACACCUCUAUUUCAAAUUCUCUUUAGAAUUACUGCUCCUUCUAACAAAGAGACCCGUUUGACUCGAGUAAAUUAUAAAAGGUGACGGCUACCAUUUUUGUAAGAAGGGGUUAAAGCAUGUCACGGCCAAACUGUAAUGUUUAACAACUUGACGCCUCGCUCUAGGGUCUGUCAUUUCUUGCAGAAUUUGACAGUUCGACUGUCACUUUUCUAGUCAAAUAGGUCCCUUCUAUAGUAUUGACAAAUAUGUGAUCUUCCAAUUAUGAAAGGUAGAGGUAAGGAACACGAUCUCCAUAUACCAAAAAGUGUCCGACAAAAGACCAUAAAUAGGUCGCGCUAGAAUACCUAGAAUACUUGAAAAAAAAAAAUCUAAUCAUAGACAGCGCACUUCACUCCGUCAAUAACGCCUAGGUUCUUAGCUACUCUAGCGCUACUCUGGAGAGAUUUGGAACCAACUAUUAUUUAUAGCUGACAGCUGGACACUUACAACAAUUCUGCCUAAGGAGUUUCUGUUCCUUGCCUCUACCUUCCAUACUUCCAAUGAAAUAGCACCUGUCAUUUGUGUUCUUUGUUUAUUCAGUGAAAGUAACUUUUAAAUAUUAACUUUAGUAAGCAUUUUAACUAUAUAAAUUGUACCAUGUUCGCUCAAUAUAUUUAUUUACACCUUAAUAAA